AGUGAGCUCUGUUGCCAGCAGAACCCCUGCAGGGAGACAGACGCAGGAUGGGCUCCAAAUACCCGCGGUCUGUGCGGGGCUGCCUGCCCCUGUGGGCCUUAACCCUGGAGGUGGCUCUCAUUCUCGCCUUCUUCUUUUUUACCUCCUAUGACACUUCUUCAAAGGAUCGGCUGUUGAGGACCUAUCCAGCCUUCCAGGAUGUUGCAGUCAUGGCGGCCCUCGGCUUGGGCUUCCUCAGCUCCUCCUUGCGGAGACUCGGCUGGAGCAGCGUGGGCUUCAACCUCUUCAUGCUGGGCCUUGGGGUGCAGUGGGCACUCCUGCUGGAUGGCUUCCUGAGCCAGCCCUCCUUUGGGAAGGUGGCCAUCAAACUGUCCAGUGUCCAGCGGGCUGCCAUGGGCGCUGUGUCCGUGCUGAUCUCUGCAGGCGCCGUGCUGGGGAAGGCCAACCUGGUGCAGCUGGUGCUCAUGGUGCUCAUGGAGGUGACGGCCUUUGGUGUGAUGAGGAUGAUGAGCAGGCAGAUCCUCAAAGUGGAGGACCAUAUAAGCAUGAUGCACAUGCAUGUGUUUGCGGCCUAUUUCGGGCUGUCUGUGGCCUGGUGCCUGUCGAGGCCUCUUCCCGAGGGAGCAGAGGAGAAAGCUCAGACAGCAACGAGCCCCAGUUUGUUUGCCAUGCUGGGCACCCUCUUCCUGUGGAUGUUCUGGCCAAGCUUCAACUCCGCUCUGCUGGAUUUACCCAAUGAAAAGAAGAACGCGGUGUUCAACACCUACUAUGCUCUUGCGGUCAGCGCAGUGACAGCCAUCUCCACGUCGAUCUUGGCUCACCCCCAAGGGAAGAUCAACAUGAUUCACAUCCACAACGCGGUGCUGGCAGGAGGUGUGGCCGUGGGCCCCUCAUGCCACCUGAUCCCGACUCCCUGGAUGGCCAUGGUGCUGGGCCUCUUGGCUGGACUGAUCUCCAUUGGGGGAGCCAAGUGCUUGCUGGUGUGUUUUAACCCCUUGCUGGGGAUCCACGACACCUGUGGCGUGCACUACACCUUCGGCUUGCCCGGUCUGCUGGGAGGGGCCGCCUACAUUGUGCUGAUGCUGCUGCAGGCCUACUGGACCAGGAAUCCCAUGAUCAGCUACCAGGUGCUCAUCGACACUGGGGCACUCAGCUUAGCCAUGGCUAUGGGUUUGGUGUCUGGUCUCCUAACAGGUUUGCUCUUAAAUCUCAAAAUAUGGAGAGCACCUCAUGUGGCUAAAUACUUUGAUGACCAAGCUUACUGGGAGUUUCCUCACUUGGCUGUUGGAUUUUAGGCAAAAUCACCGAAGAAAAACAAGCUCUGUUUGAAAACAAGAUGAUUCCUUUUACCAUUCCCACCUUUUUGUGUAUGUGACAAAUACUUGUUACAACCAAUUUUUGUUAUGUACAAUGAUACAAGAUCAGAGAUGCAUUUGAUAUUGAAAAUAAAAAGCAAAA